AUGAAGCUGAUGGAGAAGAUGUCCGAAUCACCAGUAAAGACGAAGUGCACGGAUGCCAACUGGGACACAAUCGACUUUGAUGGCCUCCAAUGCCUAUUCUACGUCGCUGGAUUCCAAGGACCCGACUUCGCCGAAUAUGACCUCACAGCGGAAUGUCAGCUGAUCAAAUCAUACAAGAACGACUCCGGAAUGCUAUCUAGCAGUGAACUUUAUUCGCCGAAAAACAAGAUUUCGAAGCAAGAAGAAGUUCAAGCAGCAACAGAAGGAUGA